AAGCGCUCCAACUCUUCCUUUGCCAGGACGCCCCCGGGCUGCCUCCCGACACGUUCUUUCCCCCCAAAGACGUGCCUAGAAGCGACACCGCUCCUCUCCUCGCUCUCCAUCCUUGUGGGGACCAGAGGCACACAUCUGGCUGGAGGCAUCUCAGCAUCUUUCCUCCCCGCACCCCAGCCUGCACCCCUGCAUCCCCAACACCCCUCGGUCCACGCAUCCCUUCGAAAGACAGUGAUGCUCUGCUCUUAGCCCCUCGGGCCUCAUCAGGAUGUCGGGAAACCCAGAGGCCCUGAGCCGGCUCCGGGGGACCUCUCUCCGCAGCCUGGGUGGGACCCUGGACUCCAGCCUGGUGAUGGUGCCCAUGGACCUGGACAAGGAGGAGGUGCGCAUCCUCAAGGUGUGCUUCUACAGCAACAGCUUCAACAUGGGCAAGAACUUCAAGCUGGUGAAGUGCACCGUGCUCACCGAGAUCCGGGAGGUCAUCAACUCCAUCCUUCUGAGCGGCCGCAUCGGGCCCGACAUCGAGCUGGCCGAGUGCUACGGGCUGCGUCUCAAGCACGUCAAGUCGGACGAGAUCCACUGGCUGCACCCGGCGCUGACAGUGGGGGAAGUGCAGGAGAAGUACGAGUGCCUGCAUCUCGAGGCCGAGUGGAGGUAUGACCUUCAGAUCCGCUACCUGCCUGAGGAUUACAUGGAGCGCUUCAUGGAGGACAGGACCACUUUGCUGUAUUUCUACCAGCAGCUCCGGAGUGACUACAUGCAGAACUACGCCAGCAAAGUGAGCGAGGGCAUGGCCCUGCAGCUGGGCUGCCUUGAGCUCAGGAGGUUCUACAAGGACAUGCCUCACAACGCGCUGGAUAAGAAGUCCAACUUUGAAUUCCUGGAGAAGGAGGUUGGGCUGGACCUGUUCUUCCCAAAGCAGAUGCAGGAGAAUCUGAAGCCCAAGCAGUUUCGGAAGAUGAUCCAGCAGACCUUCCAGCAGUACGCCUUGCUGCGUGAGGAGGAGUGCAUCCUCAAGUUCCUCAACACGCUCGCCGCCUUCACCCACAUCGACCAGGAGACCUACCGCUGCGAGCUGGUCCAAGGGUGGAACAUCACCGUGGACCUGGUCAUUGGGCCCAAGGGUAUUCGGCAGAUGACGAGCAAGGAAGCAAAGCCCACCUGCCUCGCCGAAUUCAAGCAGAUCAAGUCCAUCAAGUGCUCCAGCAUGGAGGAGGGCACAGCCGUGCUGCAGCUGGGGCUCUCUGGGACCCCCCAGUCCCUGACCAUUAAAACCUCCUCCCUGGCCGAGGCAGAGAACAUGGCCGACCUCAUCGACGGCUACUGUCGCCUGCAGGGAGACCCGGAAACCUCCCUCAUCGUCCGUCCCAAGAAAGAGACCGAGAAGAGGAUCAGCCUGCCCCAGAUCCCCAUGCAGGACAUCGAGGACAGACGGUCCACCCUGACUGAGAGCAUGAGCAUCGACUCGGACAUCUAUGCUGAGAUCCCCGACGAAGGUUUGAGACCCAGGUCUGGAGUCCAGCAGUAUGGGAUCUCCCGGGAGGACGUCACUCUGGGCAGGAUCCUAGGUGAGGGCUUCUUCGGGGAGGUGUACGAAGGCAUCUAUACUAACCCGAAGGGGGAGCGGAUCAACGUGGCUGUGAAGACCUGCAAGAACGACUGCAGCCCUGAGAACAAGGAGAAGUUCAUGAGCGAAGCGGUGCUGAUGAAGAAGCUGGACCACCCUCAUAUCGUGAGGCUCAUCGGCAUCACGGAGGAGGAGCCCAUCUGGAUCAUCAUGGAGCUGUACCCCUAUGGGGAGCUGGGGCAGUACCUGGAGCACAACAAGAACUCGCUGAAGGUGCUGACGCUCAUCCUAUACGCGCUGCAGAUUGGCAAGGCCCUGGCUUACCUGGAGGCCAUCAACUGUGUGCACAGGGACAUCGCCGUGAGGAACGUCCUGGUGGCUUCGUCCGAGUGCGUGAAGCUGGGGGACUUCGGCCUCUCCCGGUACAUUGAGGACGACGAGUAUUACAAAGCUUCCGUGACCCGGCUCCCCAUCAAGUGGAUGUCUCCUGAGUCCAUCAACUUCCGCCGCUUCACCUCCGCCAGCGACGUGUGGAUGUUCGCCGUGUGCAUGUGGGAGAUCCUGAGCUUCGGGAAGCAGCCCUUCUUCUGGCUGGAGAACAAGGACGUGAUCGGCGUGCUGGAGAAAGGCGACCGCCUGCCCAAGCCUGACAACUGCCCGCCCAUCCUCUACACCCUCAUGACGCGCUGCUGGGACUACGACCCCAACGAGAGGCCCAAGUUUAAGGAGCUUGUCUGCAACUUGAGUGACAUUUACCUGAUGGAGAAGGACAUUGCCAAGGAGCAGGAAAGGAACAAUCGCCACCGGCCUCCCAAAAUCAUGGAGCCCUCCUCAUUCCAGGAUCCACCUCCUAAGCCCAGCCGGCCGAAAUACAAGCCGCCUCCACAGACCAACCUGUUGGCUCCCAAGCUGCAGUUCCAGGUGCCCGAGGGCCUGUGCGCCAGCUCGCCGACGCUCACGAGCCCCAUCGAGUACCCAUCACCUGCCAACUCCCUGCAUACCCCGCCGCUCAACCGCCAUAAUGUCUUCAAGCGCCACAGCAUGAGGGAGGAGGACUUCCUCCGGCCCAGCAGCAAAGAGGAGGCCCAGAAGCUGUGGGAGAUGGAGCGGGUGAAGAUGAGGCAGCUGCUGGACAAACAGCAGAGGCAAAUGACGGAGGAUUAUCAGUGGCUGCAGCAGGAGGAGAAAUCCCUGGACCCCAUGGUGUUUAUGAACAACAACGCUCCUCCUCUACUCCCGGAGAAGGAGACCGACUACAAUGGUGUAGCUGAGUUCACGGGCCCACCGCAGAAACCUCCCAGGUUCGGUGCACAGCCGUUCCAGUCAGCCCCCACAGCCAACUUGGACCGGACGGACGACGCCGUCUACAGCAACGUGACAGACCUGGUGAAGGCCGUGCUGCAGCUGAAGAACGAGAUCUGCCAGCUGCCUCCCGAGGGGUACAUCAUCGUCGUGAAGAACGUGGGUCUCUCCCUGCGGAAGCUGAUCGGCAGCGUGGACGAGAUCCUGCCCGUCCUGCCCGCGGCGUCCCGCACCGAGGUAGGAUUGGGCCCCUUCUGGUCCCCUCCUGGAUGUGGAAGACGAUGCUGUCACCUGGGGAGGGGUUGGGUCCCGGGAGGGGUGCGGGCAGACACAGGCGAUCGUGCGCGUGGAGUAAUUUACCCUGGGUUUUUACUCCGCGAUAAGGAGCAAACCCAUGCCCAAGAGGUGUUAUUACAGCGCCUGGCCCCGAGGAGGGGGAGCUGGCUUUUAUGGAGCAGGUGCCCAUAGUGUCUCCAUAGGGACUGUGUUUGCAUCCUUGUGCAAGGGGUGUGUGUACACAUGUGUGUGCAAGACUGCUCCUACCAACAGCCAUCAGCAGGGCACAAACCCAGCCCUCAACCCCUCUCUGCUAAUGCAAUAGCUCCAUCCAUUGGCAGAUGCAGUAGGUUGUCACCCCCUAAGUCACAGGGGUCAAACUCACGUGGCCUCAUGGUCAGAGGAGCUUGACCGCUGUGACUUAGGGGAUAACAACCUACCACAUCUGCCAAUGGACGGUGCUGUGGUCUGGAUCACGCCCGAAGACCUCCCUAUCUGUCCCCGUGGGCUAGGUCCAGUGCUCGUAGCCGGUCCAGUGGCACGGAGACACUGCAUGCAGCUUAUGGGUGCAAGACCUGGCAUGUUAUGGGGGGGCCCACUUGGACGCCCCCGCCCUAAGUCACCAGGGCCAGGACAGGAUCUUCCCAAGCAUAACCCGGGGAGGUCCCCAGCUUUCCCCUGCUCUUCAUGCUCCCACGUGAACGUGCUCUGUGCCGGCAGAUCGAGGGUACCCAGAAGCUCCUGAACAAGGACCUGGCCGAGCUGAUCAAUAAGAUGCGCCUGGCUCAGCAAAACGCGGUCACCUCGCUGAA